AUGAAUAGUUACGAGGAAUUGCCGUGUUCAGUAUAUUUACCGAAUCGAAUUGAUUUUUCUCGACCAACUGCGCCAGAUCAGAUUUCAGAAAAAGAAGUUGUCGUUGAAGAACCGCCUCCAGAAACUACAAAGAGAGUUGAACCACAACCUGAAAAAUCGGUUCCAAAAUCUACGCAAAAGAAGUCCUGCUUAUCAAAUACAAUUAAAAAACCGAAUAUUGUUCAUCCUGCUCUCCGGAAAAAGACUGUCGCUUUCGGAAAAACAGUGAACGUUUCCCAAACCAUCGAGGGAACAUCGAGAGCUGCUAAAAAAAUGGCCGCAAAAUCACCUACGGUUGCUUCCAAAGAGGAAUAUAUGGCGAAUCUGGAAAAGAUUGAGCAGAAAUUUGAAGAAAAACAUCAAGAAUUGCUUCAAAAGUUCCAGGAGAGCGCACAAUUCCAAGAAGAAUGCAAAAACGAAAUUAUAAAUGUGGUAAAAGAGCAAAAUAGAGAUAUUGGCGACACCAAAAGACUAACUUCUGGCAAAAUUUCGGUUUCUGAAAUGAGGCGGAUUGUCAAAACGGAGAGGAGAAUUCCGGUAGAAGCACUGGCUGUUUUAGAAGAUCGACUGAGAAUGAAUCCCAUAUUCCGACAGACAAUUGACGAUGCACUCGCGGAGGCCGAAGACGAAGAGAAUCGAUAUGGUCGUCGAUCACCAUAUCGCGAGGAAUAUAUGCCAUCUCGCCCACUUGAGCCGUCUACUACUCAAAAUGCUCUGAUGCGUGAGACAUUGACUGUCGAAAGAAGCAUUCGGUUGGAUAAUGCAAUGUCGAUCGACUCGAGACAAUGGCUGAAUGGAUCAAGAGCCCCUGAAAAGGCUUCUAGCAUUUAUCGAGAUAGAAGUAGAGACCGCUGGCAAGCUGGGGGUAACGCAGAGAUUCUUCAUUCAACGUAUCAGCCGGGGAACAGUAUUAGCUACUAUCCUUCAGCCUCAGAUUCAAGACUUCGACGCAAUCAAGAUGAUUACUAUGUCGAGCACGUUUCCGAUCACGACGAUCAUCACGACGGCAUCGAUCGACACGCCGAAUCGCGCGCGGAAAAAGAGCGACGAAUUCGUGAAAAAUAUGCGAGGAAAAAAUGA